ACCAACAGCAACCUUAAACCGAAGGGAGGCUACAGCAGAAUGGCAUUCACACACAGCGCUCUGACUUUGGUCUUUUGUGCCCUGGCGGCUCUGGCCCUCCUGAUAGGGGCUGAAGGAGCUUCAGUGAGCAAACGAGGGAAGGGCCAGUCUCACAAGGGGACUGAGGCGGAGUCCGAAGAGAACAUAGUGAAAUUGCUCUUGGACCCCAGCAUGAUGACCCCUUCCGUCCCUCUGCGUCCCAUACAGGACUACUCUCUGUCCCCAUGGACAUACAAUUUCACCACCAACGAAAACCUGUUCCCCUCCAGCAUCGCUGAGGCUAAGUGCAAGUUGACCGGUUGCCUCAAUUCUAAGGGCGUGGAGGUCAUGGAUUUGGAGUCCAGACCCAUCUACCACCAGAUUCUGGUUCUGAGGAGGGUGGACCUGAAGUCCGGCAACUACGUCUUCAGGCUGGAGACCAAGACGAUCCCGGUCGGCUGCACGUGUAUCUACCCCAGCAUAAUGCGGCAAGAUUAG